CCCGCAACAGUCCCCGUCCAAAUUCCACUUGAAUUUGUUCGGUACCUCCAUUCGUCAGCAAAAGAACGGUUCCAGCGCCUUUCCCGCCGCUCUUUCCGCGGCCCCUCGAUUCCAACCUAAACCGUGUUUCCCCCGCCCCCGCACCCCGCGCCCUGCCGCAGCAAAAUGGCGUUUUCCUCUUCUCUCGCGCUUUCGCCGCCGCUUUCUCGCACCGCGCUAAUGCCGGCCGCACUGUCACGCCCCUCUCGCAGCAAAUCCCGCCCUGGCUCUUCCAAUAGCGUGGCUACACGGGGCAUGUCGUCCUCUUCCUGCCUCUAUCAGCGUGGCGCGCCGCUGACGCGGACAGCGCCGUUGGAUAGUAUGGGUCCAGUUCGGUCCACGUGGCGCCAAGUCAGCAGAAGACGAGCCGCGGUCGUGGUCGCGGCAGUGGGAGGGGACAUGCGCGCUUCGUCAUUCGCUAAGGAGAUGGAGCGAGUUGCGGCUAAGGAGGCACUGCUCCUCGCUAUUAAAGACGCGGGCGGCGUGGAGUCCCUAUCCACAGGGCAGGGCAACGCGGCGGGGAGAAUCCAGGUGUCGGAGAGAGUGGUGGCUCUGGAGCGACUCAACCCCACCACUCGCCCCACCAGCUCGCCCCUCCUGGAAGGCUACUGGGACUUUGUGUGGGCGGGCGCACGGAGCCCGGGACUCGUUGCCGCCCGCCUUGUGCUACAGCGUCUCCCCCCUCAGGUGGUCUCGCUGGAAGCCCUUCAGCUGCACAUUAUGGCUGGCACCAUCACCGCCACAGCUGUCAUCCGAUUCCUCAAUUCAGCCGAGUCUAACGUCAUCAUCAAGUCCAACCUCGAGAUGGAAGCCUCCCUCAAGCUCAAGGAGGAAUACGCAGAGAUCGAGGUGACCACUCCUGUCGUGACAGGUGGCAGCAUCCCAGCGCCCCUCAAGGCCGUGGUGGAUCAGCUCGCCUCUCUCCUCCAAUCUCUGCCCGCUGCUCUGCAAGACACAAUAAAUGCCGGCCUGCGUGUGCCCCUCGAAGGCCGAUACUCGCGAGAGCUGCUCGUCUCUUACCUCGACGAUGAGCUCAUGAUUGCUCGUGAUGAUGCGGGGCUGGUGGACGUUCUGGUCCGCGCUGACAGCGAUGGGUGGGUGAGCCGCAGUGAGGAGGGUGGGGUUGAGUCCUUCACCAACGACCCCACUGACUACAUCAGCUGAUUCUGAGAAGGAAAAUUUACCGAACUAUGUGCAUCUGAUGGGGUCCUGGUGGAUCUUUGUGGUUUGGUUGGGCUGACAGCGAUGGGUGGAUGAGCCGCAGUGAAGAUGUAGGGGUUGACUCGUUCACCGACGAUCCAACUGACUAAAUUAGCGACUCUGAGACCUUCAUGUCUAUAAUUUGCAAUGUGUACCCCAGUGAUGGGGGCCUAGGGUGUGUUUUGUCAUGGGCAGUGGAUAGUGAUGGAUGGGUGAGCCAGGGUGAAGAAGAGGGCACGGUUGAUUGUCAACUUAUAUUAUAUAU